AUGACCUCUACGCGAAAGCCGUUACACCGAAAAGCUCGACAGUCAAUUUAUCCGAAAUCAGAUAUUCAACGAUUUCCUGUACCAGAUGAUAAAGUCGAUUGGGCGGUUGAAUGGCUGGAAUACAGUCCUAUAGAUUUCACAUCUUCUAGUGUCUUAGCAAUGCCUCCCUGGGCAGAUGUCGAGAUAAGACCUACUAAUUCAGAAAAUUUUCUCAAGUUUAAUUCAAUUGAUGGUAAUGUGGAUAGAAAAAGUGGCUUUGGAGAUUAUUCUUUAAUUGACGGAAUACCGAGAAAUCCUAUAGGCAGAACCGGUAUUAGAGGGCGUGGAGUUUUGGGGAGAUGGGGACCAAAUCAUGCGGCAGACCCCAUCACUACUAGAUGGAAGCGCGAUGACGAUGGUAAUGUGGUUUCUUAUAAUGAUAAUCCCGUGUUAGAAUUUGUUGCGAUCAAAAGGCAAGAUAAUGGUCAAUGGGCUUUACCUGGUGGCAUGGUCGAAGCUGGAGAUACUGUGACAGUAACAUUAAAAAAGGAAUUUGGAGAGGAAGCAAUGAACAGUUUGGAAGCAUCUGAAGUCGAAAAGAAAGAAAUUGAAAAAAUGCUUCAUCAAUUAUUUAGCAGUGGCGGUAAACAGAUAUAUAAAGGCUACGUGGACGAUCCACGUAAUACCGAUAAUGCUUGGAUGGAAACUACGGUGGUGAAUUUCCACGACGAUAGUGAUUCUGCUUUCAGUCACUUUAAAUUAAAAGCGGGAGACGACGCUGGAGACGUAGCAUGGCUGGAAGUCGACCAUAAACUUGACCUCUACGCCAACCAUAAUGAUUUUAUAAUGGCAGUAGCAAGAUUGCAUGGGGCAUACUACUAA